UUCCUCUGAGCUUUUUAGAUGUACAUAAUCCCUGAGUUGACCCAGAAAAUAGGCAGUCGUUUCAAGAUCUGAUGCGGCAGUCUUUUGUGCGCACCGUCCCCGCUUGAGCAUGAAGCGUAACCCCGUGGAAUAAAAACCCUCGAGGAGCUUCGCCGCCGCCGCCGCCGCGCGCAGGAAACGCCGCUUGAAAACACGGAGCCGAGCCAAAGUCGCGCAACUUUGAGAAAACGUAGCGGAUACGGACAGGAGGCAUGGCAGAUCAUCUGAUGAUGCCCAUGAAUCACAACGCAGCGGGCGCCAGUCUCCACGGUUACAGGAUGGGCAUGAAUGGCGGCCUGCAGGCAGGUCACCAGCAGCAUGCCAACCAGCAGGGCAUGAGGGCGAUGCCCAAUGGCCAGAUGAUGCACUACGGUGGCGCCCAGGCCAACAUGGAGACGGCCAUGAGGCAGCGGCAGGGCAUGGUGGGCGGGCCCAUGAACGGACAGCUGAACGGGGCCCAGAUGGGUCAUCACCAGAUGACCUCUGGUAAUAUGAUGUACAAUGGGCAGCCGCAGCAGCAGCAGCAUCACCCUCAGCAGCAGCAUCACAUGCAUCCACAGCAGCACCAGCAACAAGUCCAGCACCCACAACAACAGCAGCAGCAGCAGCAGCAGCAGCAGCAACAGCAGCAGUUCAUGAACGGAGGCUUAACGUCCCAGCAGCUCAUGGCCAGUAUGCAGCUGCAGAAACUGAACACCCAGUACCAUGGACACCCGCUGGGUCCGAUGGGCGGGAACCACAUGGGGCCCACGACCCAGUACCGCAUGAACCCGGCGCAGCUGGCCAACAUGCAGCACAUGGCCGGGCCGGCGCUGGCCCUGAACGGCAUGGAUGCGGACAUGAUUGACGAGGAUGUCCUGACCUCGCUGGUCAUGGAGCUGGGCUUGGACCGGGUCCAGGAGCUGCCAGAACUCUUCCUGGGCCAAAAUGAGUUUGACUUCAUAUCAGACUUUGUCAGCAAACAGCAACCCAGCACUGUGAGCUGCUGAGAGGACCUUACUUGCAAACGGGCACAAACGGAGACAGAUAACGGAGACGAGGAUUGUCCAGGACGGAUGAAGAGGGCCCAUCUCUUCACAUUUGUAAUUUUGUGAGCACCCAGCUGUACGACGACUCCCAUGCGCGGGGUGCACACAAGAGAACUCUGGACGUCCACACCGAGCGCUCGGAGUUUCAGAGUUUCACGUGUGCGAGUGGCCAGACGGUGGCGAGCCCCACAGCCGAGCUCCACCUCUCCUAUUUCCUGGACAUGAAUGUAAUAAAACCAUGCUGAAAUUCUUAAAAAGCCACUCUGAACAAUGCUAUGACACUAUGUAGCCUCUAAGUCUGGACUCCACGUCAGUUUACCAGUAAAAAGGUGUAUUUAUUUAUUCCUACCUGAGAAAGCUGAUAUAAAGAGCAACCGCCAUUUUUGUUUUGGGACCCAAAUGGUUUUAAUCAUCAUUUACUGAGAAUAGGUUUCAGAAAUAUAAUUUAUGUUCUCUGCUCAUGAUUUUAUUUUAUUUUUUUUUUUAUUUUUGAAAUUUUUUUUUUUCUCCCAUUCCGUUUGGCGCAGUAGUAACCUGAGCUCCGAUGGCUUUGUCAUCUGAAAGGGUUUUCUAUAACGGUCGUCUCACGUGAAUGGGAGUUUCAUCCAGACGUUAAAAAAUGGUUCACUUUUGGUAAAGUGCUGCCUUUUUUAGAUGUGCUGUUCUCGACAAAACCUACUGCUUGUACUGUAUGAAGCUGUAUAACUCCAACAUGUCCACACUGUUGUGUUCUAUUGGAGAUGUAGAACCGCCUUAAUCACGCAGAUUCUUAUUUAUUGGUUGUUUAUAUUGUCCCCUUUUUUUGUGGUCAAGAUGGGGGGAUGGUCUUUGUGAAAAAAAAGGGGGUUUUGAGGAUCAAUAAAAACGGCCUGGAUAGAUG